AUGAUCGUGCUGAUGUGGAAUAAGUGCUCCUGCUGUCUCCUCUUACUAGCCGCGGUCCUGAUCGUGGAGAGCUCCCAGCUAGACAGCUCCAGCUCGAAGGUGAACUCCAUCAAGUCCACCCUGAUGGGGGAGGCUCCAACUCAGACAACCAACAGAUCUGCAGGCAUCCACCAGGGACUGACGCUUGCUAGCAGUAAGAAGGGCAAAAUUGUAGGUCCUGCCUAUCCUUGUACCAAUGAUAAGGAAUGCGAAGUUGGGAGAUACUGUCACAGUCCUCAUCAAGCAACAUCUGCAUGCAUGAUGUGCCGGCGGAAGAAGAAGCGUUGCCACAGAGAUGGCAUGUGCUGCCCUGGGAACCGCUGCAACAACGGUAUUUGCAUACCAGUAGCCGAAAGCAUUCUCACACCUCACAUCCCUGCUCUCGAAGGGCCACGCAACAAGAAGAAUGGUCAUUAUACCAGCAAGGAUUUGGGAUGGCACCACCUUGGGAGGCCACGCUCUAAGCUGUCACACAUAAAAGGACAUGAAGGCGAUCCCUGCCUACGGUCUUCAGACUGUAUUGAGGGACACUGCUGUGCUCGUCAUUUCUGGACCAAAAUUUGCAAGCCUGUGUUGCAUCAGGGAGAGGUGUGCACCAAGCAGCGCAAGAAAGGCUCCCAUGGAUUGGAGAUUUUCCAACGAUGUGACUGUGCCAAAGGGCUGUCUUGCAAAGUAUGGAAAGAUGCAACCUCCUCUUCUAAAUCCAGACUUCAUGUGUGCCAGAAAAUCUGA